AUGAAUGGAAUUAUUCAUAUUCCAACUAGUACAUUCCAUAAUAAAUUAUUAUCAAGUAAACAUUUAUUAAAUUAUACGACAAGUUCAUAUUCAUGGAAAAAAUCAAAUUCAAUUGAAAUACUUAAAAAAUUAAUUGCAAAUCGACAAAAUUUAACAAAAUAUAAUUUAAAAUUAUUAUUAACAAACAAUACACAACAGCAAAUAGCAUUACCAUCAUCAAAAACAUUUCUUAUUCAAGUAAAACCAAUAGUAAAUAUUUCAAAUACAACAUUAAAUUUUCAAAUAAUUACAUUUAAAAAUACAUCAAAUACUGAUAUACAAUAUAGUUCAACAAUCAAUCCUAGUUUACUUUUAUUUCCAUCAAUUAAACAAAAACUUGAUAAAAAAGAAUCUUCUAAUACUACAAUAUUUGCUAUUAUAUUCGUCUGUAGUUUUAGUGGUUUAGUUUUUCUUGCAUUUAUUUGUACAUUUUUUCUUAGACAGCCUAUCAAGAGUGCUUAUGCUUACUUCCAAUUGCCUUGUAUACAUACUUUAUCGACAACCAAACGAUCUCGUGACAGUACACCAUUAUCUUAUUCACCGAUUCACAUUAGUCAUAAUAAAUAUAUGGGUAGUCAUCAGUCAUCUUUUAUUAAACCAACACUAGCUAAUAUUUCAAUUAAUUCUUAUAAUCGAGAUCGUCGAAAUCGAUCAUCUUCAAAAUCAAUAACAACAUGUUGUUCACCAACAAAAAUUCGACGACAAACUAAUAAUAAUUUAUUAAAUAAUGAUCAUAAAGAAUUUACAAUACCAAAAGAAUUUCCUAUUGAUCAAUUGUAUGAUAUUUAUAUGCAAAAACAUGCACUUGAUGAUUUAGCGUUUUCUAUUGAAUUUCAAAGUAUUCCUAAUUUUGAAGAAUUACCAUGUACAUCAGCAACUCGUACAAUCGUAGCUUCAAAAAAUCGUUUUCUUAAUAUUUUACCUAUUGAUACUACUCGUGUUAUUCUUAAUUUACUUAAUGAUGAUCCAGCUACGGAUUAUAUUAAUGGAAAUUAUAUUUCAGGAUACAAAUGUUCAAAUAAAUUUAUUGCUACUCAAGGUCCUAAAUUUGAUACUUGUGAAGAUUUCUGGCGUAUGAUAUGGGAACUUAAAUUGAAAUCUAUAGUUAUGUUAACAAAUAUCAUCGAAGGUGCAUCCAGAAUGAUAUUAGUUCGGGUAGUUUCCUCAUUAGAACAUAAAAUAAUUGAUAAUGAACGUACUAAUAAAAUUAAUGAUGCUCUAUGUUUCUGUGGUAAUACAUCAUUCUUCAACUAA